CAGUAUAAAAGCCGGUUCUUGGUGCUUUAUCUGACUCGCUGUAGUAAUUCCAGCGAGAGGCAGAGGGAGCGAGCGGGCGGGCCAGCGAGGGUAGAAGAGCCGAGCGAGCCGAGCCGCGCUCCGGGCGAGCCGGGAAGGGAGAUCCGGAGUGAAAGAGGGGCUUCGCCUCCGGCCCAGCAGCCCCCACCCCAGCCCUCCCGCUGACUCCCCGCCCGCGGUCCGCAACCCUCGCCGCAUCCACGAAACUUUGCCCAUAGCAGCGGGUGGGCACUUUGCACUGGAACUUACAACACCCAAGCAAGGACGCGACUCUGCGGACGCGGGGAGGCUAUUUCACCCAUUUGGGGAUACUUUUCCCCGACGCUGCCCAGGACUCGCUCCUCUGAAAGGCGCUCCUUCCGCUGUUUGGACGCUGGAUUUCCUUCGGGUAGUGGAAAACCCGGCUGCCGCGACGAUGCCCCUCAACGUCAGCUUCGCCAGCAGAAACUAUGACCUCGACUACGACUCGGUGCAGCCGUAUUUCUACUGCGACGAGGAGGAGAACUUCUACCAGCACCAGCAGCAGAGCGAGCUGCAGCCGCCGGCACCCAGCGAGGAUAUCUGGAAGAAAUUCGAGCUGCUGCCCACCCCGCCCUUGUCCCCGAGCCGCCGCUCUGGGCUCUGCUCGCCCUCCUACUUUGCCGUCGCGUCCUUCUCCCCCAGGGGAGACGACGACGGCGGCGGUGGGAGCUUCUCCACGGCCGACCAGCUAGAGAUGGUGACCGAGCUGCUGGGAGGAGACAUGGUGAACCAGAGCUUCAUCUGCGACCCGGACGACGAGACCUUCAUCAAAAACAUCAUCAUCCAGGACUGUAUGUGGAGCGGCUUCUCGGCCGCCGCCAAGCUGGUCUCAGAGAAGCUGGCCUCCUACCAGGCUGCGCGCAAAGACAGCGGCAGCCCGAGCCCCGCCCGCGGGCACAGCGUCUGCUCCACCUCCAGCUUGUACCUGCAGGACCUGAGCGCCGCCGCCUCUGAGUGCAUCGACCCCUCGGUGGUCUUCCCCUACCCGCUCCAUGACAGCAGCUCGCCCAAGCCCUGCGCCUCACCUGACUCCACUGCCUUCUCCUCGUCCUCGGACUCUCUGCUCUCCUCCACCGAGUCCUCCCCGCGGGCCAGCCCCGAGCCCCUGGCGCUUCACGAGGAAACACCACCCACCACCAGCAGCGACUCUGAGGAAGAACAGGAGGAUGAGGAAGAAAUCGAUGUUGUCUCUGUGGAAAAGAGGCAGCCCCCUGCCAAAAGGUCAGAAUCGGGGUCACCUUCUGCCGGAGGCCACAGCAGACCUCCUCACAGCCCACUAGUCCUCAAGCGGUGCCACGUGUCCACCCAUCAGCACAAUUACGCAGCACCCCCCUCCACUAGGAAGGACUAUCCCGCUGCCAAGAGGGCCAAGUUGGACAGUGUCAGAGUCCUGAGACAGAUCAGCAACAACCGGAAAUGCACCAGCCCCAGGUCCUCGGACACCGAGGAGAAUGACAAGAGGCGGACACACAACGUCCUGGAGCGCCAGAGGAGGAAUGAGUUGAAACGGAGCUUUUUUGCCCUUCGUGACCAGAUCCCAGAGUUGGAAAACAAUGAAAAAGCCCCCAAGGUAGUUAUCCUUAAAAAAGCCACUGCAUACAUCCUGUCCAUCCAAGCAGAGGAGCAAAAGCUCAUUUCAGAAAAGGACUCUUUGAGGAAGCGCCGAGAACAGUUGAAACACAAACUUGAACAGCUGCGGAACUCUUGUGCAUAAGCUGACCUAUUGGAGGAAGGAACUGGAAUCGCUCAUGAAUUCUCACUUGUUACAAAGGGAAAGUAAGGAAAAAGGUUCCUUCCGACAGAACUGCCGCAAUUUAUUACCUAUGAACUUAUUUCAAAUGCAUGAUCAAAUGCAACCUCACAACCUUGGCUGGGUCUUGGGACUGAAAGGUUUAGCCAUAAUGUAAACUGCCUCAAAUGGGACUUUGGGCAUAAAAGAACUUUUUUUAUGCUUGCCAUCUUUUUUUGUUUUUUUCUUUAACAGAUUUGUAUUUAAGAAUUGUUUUUAAAAGAUCCUAAGGUUUACCCAAUUUUUCUGUGUAAAUAUGGCCAUUAAAUGUAAAUAACUUUAAUAAAACGUUUAUAGCAGUUAUACAAGAUUUCAAACCAUGUAUUAUAAACCAUAAUUUUUUUAUUUAAGUACAUUUUCCUUUUUAAAGUUGAUUUUUUUUCUAUUGUUUUUAGAAAAAAUAAAAUACCUGGCAAAUAUAUAAUUGAGCCAAA